UCAUUUCAUCAAGAAAAGUUCGACAUGAAAGACAGAGACACGUUCUAAACUCCCCCAGAUACGAUGGUGCUGGUCAAGACCAAAUCUCCAAAACAUGCCAUUGUCAGUUAGUAACAAGUGGGACCCCAUUCCUUGGCCACAGUGUGAGACCAUCCAUGCAUGUUUCCUUAAAUUUUCUGAUGGGUUUGGUCCAGGCUUCCAGGCACAGCACUAACCCACCACCAAUAUAGCAGCCAUUUAUGGACUAGAAUGGCUAGCGCUGACUUGCAGGGAAACUAGCCCGGAGUAUUAGCAACCAAUCAUCCUGUUCAUUGAUGUUGGUGUUCUGAUAUAUCAGCACAAUAACCAGAAGGUGAAAGUUUGUUUGGGGCUUUCUGGGUUUGAGGAAAACUAAUGGAGGAGAGGGAAGGUCGAUCCUUGGCUGAAACACCUACAUGGACUGUGGCUACUGUGAUCACUGUCUUGAUUUCUCUUGGGUUCUUCUUUCAUUGCUCUUUGAAACAUUUUGGAAAGUGGUUGGACAAGACUAAGAAGAAGUCUAUACUUGCUGCUUUGGAAAAGAUCCAAGAAGAGCUGAUGCUUUUUGGGCUUCUGUCAUUGUUGAUGGGUCACUGGAUUGUUUUUGUGGCCAAGAUUUGUGUUAAAUCUUCAUCAUGGGCCUUCAGCAGCCGGUUCUUUCCUUGUGCUUUGGAGCAAGAGAUCAGUGUGAUUCAACAUGCACUUUUUGCGAGUCCGGAGUAUCUGAACAAGUCAGUUUCUAGAGUGGAAGUGAAAACUAUGUCUCAUGAAUAUUGUCCUAAGGGUCAUGAGUCCUUUGCUUCUUAUGAAAGUCUUGAACAGCUUCACCGAUUAAUAUUCGUGCUUGGCAUGACUCACGUUGUUUACAGUUUCUUUGCCAUUGUCAUGGCCAUGAUUAAGAUUUAUAGCUGGAGAACAUGGGAAAAUGAAGCUAAAGCUAAGGCAAUUCAAACCUUUAAAGAUACCGAAGAAACUAAGCGAAUCAGAAGAUUGUCGACAUUCAUAGUUCACCAUGCAUCUCAUCCAUGGAGCCAGCACAAGUAUCUUGUUUGGCUGCUUUGUUUCAGCCGCCAGUUCUGGAGUUCUAUAAACCGACCUUCAUAUAUGGCUUUGCGAUUUGGAUUCAUCACUACUCAUCAGCUUCCUUUGUCAUAUGAUUUCCAUAAUUAUAUGAUCCGGAGCAUGGAGGAAGAAUUUCGUGAUAUUGUUGGUAUCAGUAUACCUCUCUGGAUAUACGCCUUAUGUUGCGUUAUUCUAGAUUUUCAUGGAAGCAACAUUUACUUUUGGCUUUCCUUCCUUCCAGCGAUUUUGAUCCUGCUUGUCGGCACUAAACUGCAUCGGAUAGUGGUAAAAUUGGCUGUGGAAAUCAUGGAAGAAAGUCCAUAUAUGGAAAAUCACCAGUUUAAACUAAGGGAUGAUCUCUUUUGGUUCAAGAGGCCCUGGCUUCUUUUACGGCUAAUACAACUGAUAUCCUUCCAGAAUUCAUUCGAGAUGGCUACUUUCCUCUGGUCUCUGUGGGAAAUUAAACAUCCUUCAUGUUUCAUGGACAAUCAUACUUUCCUCGUGAUCCGCUUGACAUUUGGGGUAAUCUCCCAGUUCUGGUGUAGCUUCAUUACAUUCCCACUCUAUGUUAUCAUCACACAAAUGGGUUCAAGCUUCAAGAAAUCUGUAGUUUCCGAAAAUGUAAGACAAUUGCUAUCUGGAUGGAAAAGGAGAGUGAAGGCGAGACAAAGUACAUCUAAUAAGACUGGACUCCUGAAUUCAUCAUCAACAUCAACGGUAGCAUUCUCAUCAGAUUCUAGCAAAGUUUGUAGUUCUUUUUCCUCGAACAGCGUGGAAGGGAGCUCAGUCUCCUCCAGGUUCCAGAACACAUCCUCCCGACAUCUAAAGUCCAAUGUGCAGCUAGGUGAAGUUAGUGAGAUCGAUGAGAAGUCAGAGUCUGAGCUCUGCACGCAAACACUCUCUGCUUUGAUGAAAGAUUAUGACGUUUAUGAAGAAUAUGAGGAAGAUGAAGAAGAGGCUAAAUAACAGAAUCAAAGGGUGACUUGUGUCUCAAUCAACCACCUUGUGGAGCAUCACUAGAGGCUAGAGUAACUGCUUGUGUAGACUUAUUGUAGAAAGUAAGUUUUCAAUAUAUUGAUAUCUGCAAGGAUAUACAUAUAUAUGCAGCUAGCUGCUAUGGUUACAAUGCUGCCAUUAAAUCC